CAACAUUGAACACAUUUUAAUCGAAACAUGUGUCAAUAAAGACGACACAUGAAAAAGUGCUUAAUUAGGUGUUUAAAUUUCGUCAAUAAGGUGCAGAACAAAUAUCCGAAAUUCAACGCCCUUAAAAGUUCUUCCGAGUUAAUACGAUCUUCCAGAAAUUAUAGUGUAAGAAUGAAACAUCCGAUAAAUAUUGUGAAAUCAGAAAAUGACAAGAGGAAUUACAGGUGGAUUAAUCUUGAAAAUGGUUUACAAGCUAUCUUGAUAUCAGACUUAUUGGAGGGAGAGGAGGAGGCAGAAGAGGCACCUUGGGAUGAUGAGGAUGAGGAGCAAGAUGGAAAUGAGGAGGAGGAGGAGGAAGGUCAUCAUGAGGAAGAAAUGGAGAUGGAGGAUGAAGAUGAAUGUGGAAAAGAGGAAGGAGGAGAAAAGAAGUCAGCAGCAGCACUGUGUAUUUCCAAUGGAAGCUUUUCAGAUCCAUCCAAUAUCCCAGGAUUAGCUCAUUUUUUGGAACAUAUGGUUUUCAUGGGAAGCAAAAAAUAUCCACAAGAAAAUAAAUUGGAUGAUUUCCUAGGAAAACAUGGAGGCUUCACCAAUGCAUGGACUGAUUGUGAAAGGACUUCCUUUCAUUUUGAUGUUGAACAAAAGUACUUCCAUCAGGCUUUAGACAUCUUUGCCCAGUUCUUCACUACUCCAUUACUGAGACAGGAUUCUGUAGACAGAGAGAUUCAGGCAGUGGACAGUGAAUAUCAGAUGAGCCUUCCUAGUGAUGAUGAAAGAAUGUGUAUGCUGUAUGGAUCUCUGGCAAAGGAGGGGCACCCCAUGGGGAAAUUUUUCACUGGAAGCAUAGAUUCUUUGAAGACAAUUCCCCAGCAAAAUGGUAUAGAUGUGUAUGGAAACUUAAAGAAAUUCUGCCAACAGAUGUAUUCAGCUCAGUUUAUGACCCUAGCUGUUCAGUCAAAAGUUAGCCUUGACAAGCUGGAGAAAUGGGUCAGAGAGAUAUUUUCUGAAGUUCCAAACAACAAACAACCAAGAGAGAUAUUUGACCGCCUUCAGAACCCAUUUGAGAUGGAAAAAUUUAGAAAACUAUAUUACAUUGAUCCUGUUAAGGACAAACACAUGCUGGAGAUUAUCUGGUCAUUUCCUCCAAUGCUGUCACAGUACAAGAAAAAGCCAUUGUUGUACCUGGACUUUUUCUUGGGUCAUGAGGGGGAAGGUAGUUUACUAGCUCACUUGAAGAGCAGAUAUUUUGCCACAGCAGUGGAGAGUGGCCACAGCUACAAUGGAUUUGAACUGAACACCACUGCCACUCAGUUUGUGGUGAACUUGACCCUUACUGACAGGGGACUUGAACAGUUUGAGGAAGUUCUGCUGGCAGUUUUCCAGUACAUACACUUACUAAAGAGCAAAGGACCACAGGAGCAGUACUUUGAUGAGAUGAAGAUAGUGGAGGAAACCAAAUUUAGAUUUAAAGAAAAGGGAGAUGCAAUGGAUUAUGUGGAGAAAGUCUCAGAAAACAUGCAGAUAUUUUCCCCAGAGGAUGUUUUAACUGGCAGAGAUUUAAUGUAUGAAUAUGACCCAGAGCUGAUUGUUAAGUGCCUGGCAGAUCUAAGGGCAGACAACUGUUGUAUUUUCCUGUCUUCCAAACAACUGUCAGAUAAAUGUGAUAGACAGGAUAUCAAAUGGAGUCCUGUGAAGUAUGGAGUGGCAGAAAUCAAACCUGAGUGGAUUCAAAAAUGGCAAGAUCCACCUACAAAUCCUGACAUUUGCUUACCACAACCAAACAAAUCAAUAGCUACAGAUUUUACAAUAGCAGAGGUGGAAACAGAGUAUUGUACAAAGCAUCCUAUAACUCUGUCAGAAAAUGAGUUGUGUACAUUGUACUACAAGAAAGAUAUGAAAUUCAAAGUGCCAAAAGCUUAUGUGUGUGUUCAGUUGAUGUCACCAGUGGCCAGCCAAUCAGUGAAGAGCCAAGGCCUGCUGAAAAUAUUUGAGGCUGUGAUGAACCAUAAAUUGGAUGCCCCCACAUAUCCUGCUAUCAUGGCUGGCUUUGACUACUCAGUCAAUGUGGAUGAUACAGGACUUAAAUUCAAAGUGAAUGGAUUUAAUCAGAAAUUGCCUGAGCUGUUUGAUCUACUUCUGACAGCUGUUUUUGACUAUGCCUGCAAUGAUGAGUUGUUUCCCAUCAUGAGAAAUAAAGUGAAGAGGGAGAUUUUUAAUGCCAUCAUCAGACCAUCUGAACUUGUCAGAAUGUUACGAUUUUCUGUGAUAGACCCCCACUAUAGAUCCGCACCUGAAGUAUACAGUAUAAUUGACAGUCUGACUAAUAAGGAUCUUCGACACUUCCUAACAGAGUUCAGACAGAGUAUAAAAGCAGACAUCUUAGUGGUUGGCAAUGUUACACCCAAGGACGCUACUUGUUAUAAGGAGAGAGUGGAAUCAAAAUUAUGUGGAAAAGUGGAACCUUCUAAAAUGUACCAGAGAAGAUUGUACCAGAUUCCUAAACAGUGGAGUUACUGCCAGACAAAUAGCUUUAACAUGGAGGAUGCCAACUCCAGCAUUACUGUGUACCUCCAGUCUGACCCCGGGGAUAUCAGGUCAACUGUCAUUAACGAACUCUUAGAUUUAAGAAUGCAGGAGCCCUGUUUUGAUGUGUUGAGGACACAACUACAGCUAGGAUACACUGUAUACUGUCAGAAUCUGGUCACCAAUGGCAUCAUGGGACUCGCUGUAACAGUCCAAUUUCAAGCCCAGAAGUUCACAAUGCAUGAAGUCGACAACCAUAUUGAGGAUUUUCUGAACAAGUUCAAAGAAAUCUUGGAUGAAAUGUCCAAAGAAGAGUUUGAUACUUUGGUGGAGUCUUUGAUAGCAGCCAAGCUGACAGAGGACACACAGUUAGAGGAGGAAGUCAACAGAUACUGGGGGGAGUGCAAGGAACAAAACUAUGUGUUUGACCGACUAGAGAAAGAGGUAGCUGUACUGAGGAUGUUAACAGUAGAAGACCUGCAGAACUGGUACAAACAGUAUCUGGGAGAAAAUCAGAAACGGAUAAGCUUUCAGGUUCUUGGAAACCCAGAAGUGGAGCAAGUAGAUGGAAAGGGUGAUGAAGUGGAACCUCCCCAGAAGAAAGCUAACACAGACAAAUGUGAUAGAGAACAGGGCUACAUUGUGAGACCUGUCAAAGACUGUAACUACCCAGAUCAUCAAUGUAUCAGUGACAUACAACACCUCAGAUCUAAACUCACAAUGUUUGACUACCACUGUAUCACAAAAUGAUGAAAGCUGGAGAUAGGCACAAUGAUCAAUGUUAAA